AUGUUAACUAAUCAGUUAGGAAUAUUUAACCGUGUAAUUUCCAAAAAUUCAUCUGCUUUAUUCAAACAAAGUGGUAAUAAGAUAUUUCAAAGACUUAAUUCUACUAAAGUUAAUGAAUCAUUUUCAUGGCAAGAAUAUUUUAAAUUAAAGAAACAAAAGAAUUUCAUUAAUUUCGGUGCAUCAAGUAUAACUGGGUUAGGAGGGGUUCUUAUAACUUUAGGAGCCAUUGCCAAUAUUGAAUUUGAUGAAAAACCAAUGUUUGGUUUCGAUCCAGUCAUAGUAUUAAGUACUACAGUUAUAUUAGGUGGUGGUAUUGGAUAUUUAUUUGGACCUACUUUUGGUUCAAGUUUAUUUAAACUUUCAAAUAGAAGAAUAUUACAUCAAUUCAAUAAAAGAGAUCAACAAUUCUUAGCUAGAAUUAAAGAUAAAAGAGUUGAUCCAUCUUCUCAAUCAUUUUCUAAUCCAGUUCCUGAUUACUAUGGGGAAAAGAUUUAUUCUUUAAAUGAUUACAAGCAAUGGUUAAGAGACUGUAAUGCAUUUAGAAGAAAAGCAAAGGAAUUCCUUUAA